CCCCAAUUAAAAUCGGCAGACCCCAAUCCAGACUUCAUAAUAUCUCCAAGUAGACGUACCUACCAUCAGCUAACAAAAUUUCGAUCCCCAAAUUUCUAGGUUUUCAUUUUUUCUUCUUUUAUUUCUUUAUAAUCAAGAAUCGCAUCAAAAAAAAAGCGUAAAAAUCAAGAGUUUUGAUCGAGGAGAAAACGAGAAGGAGCUGUAAAUUUUGGUUUCAUGGCGAUUCCUUUUGAGCAAUCUACUAGUAUCUGCAACCACUGUGACCGAGCUAUUCCAGCUACAAAUAUUGAUUUACAUUAUGCACACUGCUCUCGAAACCUGGAAAGAUGUAAAGUUUGUGGAGAUAUGAUCCCUACAAGACAUGCUGAAGAACAUUAUCUCGAUGCUCAUGCUCCAGUGUCUUGUUCGCUAUGCAGUGAGACAGUUGAUCGUGGAAUUUUAGCACUGCAUAAAGGUGAAAACUGCCCGCGGAGAAUUGUAACGUGUGAAUACUGCGAGUUUCCAUUGCCUGCAGUUGAUCUUGUAAAGCAUCAGGAAGUAUGUGGAAACCGGACAGAAUACUGUCCUAUGUGUAGCAAAUAUGUCCGGUUGCGUGAACGACUUGACCAUGAUAUCAGAUUUCAUGGGACUUCAGAUAGUACUGCAGGACCUUCUAGGGGUGGAAAUGCGGAUGUUGAGAGGGAUCAAAUUCCUGCUCAAAGAAGGCCACCCAAUCGAAAUGGAUACUCACAGAAACGUUUAUUUUUCACUAUUGCAAUCACGGGCUUAGCUGUUCUACUUGGGUCAAUUUUCUUACAGAGGAAAGGUGAUAGUCAGCAACUGCAGUAAGAGAGUGGAGCUGGAUGCGGUCCCCAUUUUACUGUCACAAGAGAUGUAUUCUGUUUAUGCGGAUUUGAUAUCAUAUAAAUUGUAAUUCCUUGACUUUACAGAACUGGAAUUCAUGUAAAUAAAAACGAUACAUAGCUACCUACUACAGAAUGAAUGAGAUUCUUCCCCAUUUUUACUGCAAUAA